AAAGACUUAAAACAAAUAGACAAUUGGAUUGAUAAUAUUGCAAUUAAAAAUGAGCCACAAUUUGAUGGCGAAAAUCAAUUAUUAAAGAGCGUUGAAAAGGAUGCUGAAGCUAAUUACCAAGCUUCGGCGGAAUCGGUUGUACAAAAUGAGAGCACACAUUUACCGAAAGAGCUGAAAAUGUCUUGUCCCAAUUGUGGAAGCAGACGUUGCAACAUGUACGCAGAUAUGCGCACUUUUCACGGUCAGGAGCCACUCGAUGUUUUAUUGAAUAAUUCCAAUACAACACAAUAUAAACUUCAGGCUCACGUUAAAAGUGAACACGGCACCAAACCGGAUGAAAACAAUGAAAUGAAAAGUAACUCAGGUCUAGUUGUGAACAAGGGAGCACAUCAGAAAUCAAAAAAGAUUAAGUAUAAGUGCACAGUUUGCGAAAAGGCAUUCAAACGCCGGAAAAAAUUUAAAGAACAUAUGUGCACGCACGCGAACGAACGUCCAUACAAAUGCCCUCAUUGUGAACGUAGUUUUUUGCAAUCAAGAUUUCUAAACAUUCAUAUACGCACCCAUAUGGAACGUCGCCCAACCAAAUCUGAAGGCGAUCAAUCAGGCAUUGAAUCUAUGACCCAAGUACGUAGAGCUGUCGGGGGUGGUAGAGAUGGUGGCAACCGCAGACAGAGGUUACGCAAAAAUCGUCCUGUUCUUGAUUUCUCCAUUAAGGUGACUAAUCUUAAACGUGGCAUGCGCAUUAAAGACUUCAAAGCCGAAUUGCGCAAAAGACAAUGUAAUCCAUUGGGUAUUACUUGGAAACCGUCCAUCGGUCGCUGUUUCUUGCAUUUCGGUAAUCGUAAUGGUCAACCGAGCACCGAUGAGGAUGUAGAAAAGGUGUUGAAUGCUUUAAGCAAUCUUACUUUAACCAUUAAUCCACCACGCAACGAUAAUGCCCCUAAUGCCAAUGGAGCUGAAGGUGACGUUGGUGAACCGUCGCCUCAAUCUAAACCACCAAAGAUAAUCGAUCUUAAUGUAAAGUUGAUUGAUCGGAGAAAGAAAAGUAUCUCUAGUGCGUUUAUUUAACCUUUAUUAUUAUUUUUUCGUAUUUAAGUUGUUUAACUUUAGACUCUUGCUAUUUGAAUUUUUAUUUGUCUUUUU